UAUCUAAUUAAGAUUAAGAUGCAGGCUAAAGCAUGAUGAAGUUGACUAAUAAUAUUCUUUAAUGAGAUACCGUUUACUCUCUUCUACUUUCCCCGCAACUCACAUUUCUUCGAUCUCCGAAUCUGGACGUUACAGAACCACCUUUAAAAACCCCCCAAAUUCACCCGCAACUGAAUCUCAAACCAAACAGAGAGAACGAAAUUCUUCUGAAUCGAGUUCUCUCUCAAUCCGAAAACGACGUCGCUUUUCAAAUUCUCGUCAACGCACACUCCACCAUAUCAACGCGCUCCUCUGGUUAGGGAUUUGUAGUGGUUUUGUAAUUCCAGUGGCGUGGUGCUUGAGUAAGGAUCGUGGAUCUGUGUUGCUUUUUUGAUAAAGCUGUGCGGUUUUGAACUUGUGGUGCAGGCCAGUGAAAAAUCCAGUUUCUAUAUUGGAAGUUCUAGUUCAAUAUGUCAUCUGCAAGCAAGGGUGAUAGGAAGGCUUCCCUUGAUGCAGCAUCAUGGUUGUUUAACGUGGUCACAUCUGUGGCAAUAAUCCUUGUGAAUAAAGCCCUAAUGGCCACUUAUGGUUUUAGCUUUGCCACAACUUUAACUGGCAUGCAUUUUGCCACAACAACCUUGUUGACGAUCAUUCUUAAAUCGCUGGGAUAUAUCCAGACCUCUCAUCUUCCAAAAUCUGAUAUCAUCAAAUUUGUCUUAUUUGCAAAUUGCUCCAUUGUUGGCAUGAAUGUGAGUUUAAUGUGGAACUCUGUCGGUUUCUAUCAGAUUGCUAAGCUGACUAUGAUUCCAGUAUCGUGUCUCCUGGAAGUAGUCUUGGACAAUGUGCGAUAUUCAAGGGAUACAAAGCUUAGUAUUGUCUUGGUUUUGGCUGGUGUUGCGGUCUGUACUGUCACCGAUGUCAGCGUCAAUACAAAGGGUUUCAUAGCUGCUGUCAUUGCAGUUUGUAGCACCGCAUUGCAGCAGUAUUAUGUGCAUUUUCUUCAGAGGAAAUAUUCUAUUGGAUCAUUUAACCUGUUGGGCCACACUGCACCAGCACAGGCAGCAAGUUUACUGCUAGUAGGCCCCUUUAUGGACUAUUGGUUGACAAACAAACGAGUUGAUGCAUAUGAUUAUGGCUUGACAUCCACUUUGUUCAUUAUUCUGUCUUGCACUAUCGCGGUAGGGACGAAUCUCAGUCAGUUCAUCUGCAUUGGUAGGUUUACGGCUGUAUCAUUCCAAGUCCUUGGUCAUAUGAAGACUAUUCUGGUCCUAUUCAUGGGAUUCAUUUUCUUUGGAAAAGAGGGCCUCAACCUACAUGUUGUUCUAGGCAUGGCAAUUGCAAUAGCAGGAAUGAUUUGGUAUGGAAAUGCUUCUUCUAAGCCUGGAGGAAAAGAGCGUCGUAGCUUUUCCCUUCCUACCGCCAAAACACAAGAUUAUGCUGCACUGCCUGUGUCAUCUGAAUCAGUUGAGAAGGUAUAGAAAAUAGUAAGGCUCACAAGAAAGAAAGUGAUUAAACCUUUGGGAAGUGCAUAGGAAAAGCAUGCGCCUGAUUCAUUUUCUUUAUACCUAGAGGGAAUUCCCAAUUAUUUAUAGAUCAUAUUUGACAUAUCUCUACCAUUUGUGUUAAGGAAUUGUUUGGGAGGGAGAAGAACUCUUAUUUUGGAAGAGGGAUUAAAUUAUGUUCCAAUUUUUUUUAUAAUAGAAAAUGUUACUGUUACUUUUUA